AAAAAAGAGAACAAGUUUGAACAGGAACCUAAUUAAAUGCUUAAAAAAAGAGUCUUUGGUCUUAGACUGACGAUCACAAGUUUCUUUCUUAUUUUGUAUGAUUGCAGGCAGAUAUGCGUUCAUAUAUAUUAUAAGUUUAGGCUUCUCAAAAAACAUUCUGGACCAGGUAGAGAAGCUAUAGCUAGCCAUGAAAACUUCCCAGGCAAAUGGAGCAAGGCAGUACAUCAAAUCUGAACAUCCACGCCUCCGAUGGACUCCUGUGCUCCAUGAACAUUUUGUUGAAGCCGUUGAAAGCCUCGGUGGAAAAUACAAAGCAACGCCUAAGCGAAUUCUACAGACGAUGAGCGUGAAAGAACUGAGGAUUUCUCAUAUUAAAAGCCAUCUUCAGAUGUACAGAAGCAUGAAGGGUCCCAGAAACUUCAAUAUCAUUAUACCCAUGAGGAAGCAUCUGCAAGCAGAAAGAAAACUACUUGAUGGCAUGGGAAUCUCCUCAAGUUUCUCCUCUCAGAGGGUACUACAAGGUGAGAGGUCUGAUUCAAAAUGUGAUAUGUUUUCUGAUAUUGAAAGCAAUGGAAUCCUACAAGCACAAGAAGAAGGUGGUGACCCAGAGCAACAGGAUUCAGGCACAAGCUUUGUUGGCAGUCAGUCCAGGGAAGAAAAUAUUGACAGGCUACCAGCUGAAACUUGUGAGCUCUCACUGUCGUCUUUCAUCCCAUCAAUGGCGAGCUGUACCACCGAAAAAAGAGAGUUAUGGCCAUUAAUUAACGAUCUGCAUCAUCGUCGUGAAUAUACUUCAACAAAUAAUUGCAUAAACAUACAGGAUUUCCAGUUUGAGAGUAAUCACAUAAACUUAGACCUAACCAUCUGAACAUGUUACGUACCCCCAUCUUUUUUGUAGAAGUAGUUCAUAUAUGUAUAUGUAGCUCAAAGUGACUGAAUAGUAUAGAAAUUAAUGUCGUGAAUUUUGUUUAUGUCAGUGACAAAAUAAGCGAUCGAGUGUUAGCUCAGGGACUGAACGUUUGUGAAAGAAGGUUCUUAAUUUCUUGUGAAGCUAAGUAAAUAUGCAGUUGUCAUUUGUUUAUUUA